GGGCCGGGAGGAAACGGCGAAGGUUUUUGGGGGUUUUUUUUUUCCUUCCCCCCCCCGACGCCGGUGUUUUUUGCGGCGCAGAACUUCGAGGGCGAGGAGCUGGUGGAGCUCUCCUUCUCCAGGAACGGGGAGGAGCUGGGGACGGCUUUUCAGAUCGGCAAAGAAUCCCUGGCCGACAGAGCCCUCCUGCCCCACGUCCUCUGCAAAAACUGCGCCGUGGAGCUCAACUUCGGCCAGAAGGAAGAACCCUUCUUCCCCGUGCCCGAGGGUUACGUCUUCAUCCACGCCCUCCCCGCGGAGGACCGAGUCCGCACCCCGCUCCCCCCAAAAACCACGGAGGAGUGCGAGGUGCUGCUGAUGGUCGGGCUGCCGGGUGCGGGGAAGACCCAGUGGGCGCAAAAACACACCCAGGAAAACCGGGAGAAACGAUACAACAUUUUGGGAACGGAAACCGUCCUGCACCAAAUGAGGGUGAGCGCCCGGGCGGGAGACGGUUUGGGGACGGGGACGGGGAAAAAGGGGCCGGGAGGAAACGGCGAAGGUUUUUGGGGGUUUUUUUUUUCCUUCCCCCCCCCGACGCCGGUGUUUUUUGCGGCGCAGAACUUCGAGGGCGAGGAGCUGGUGGAGCUCUCCUUCUCCAAAAACGGGGAGGAGCUGGGGACGGCUUUUCAGAUCGGCAAAGAAUCCCUGGCCGACAGAGCCCUCCUGCCCCACGUCCUCUGCAAAAACUGCGCCGUGGAGCUCAACUUCGGCCAGAAGGAAGAACCCUUCUUCCCCGUGCCCGAGGGUUACGUCUUCAUCCACGCCCUCCCCGCGGAGGACCGAGUCCGCACCCCGCUCCCCCCAAAAACCACGGAGGAGUGCGAGGUGCUGCUGAUGGUCGGGCUGCCGGGUGCGGGGAAGACCCAGUGGGCGCAAAAACACACCCAGGAAAACCGGGAGAAACGAUACAACAUUUUGGGAACGGAAACCGUCCU